GACUAGGUAGAUGUUGAAUUGUUUUUGCCAAGAUUAUCCCUCCCCUUGUCUUCUCUCUCUCCUCUCUCUCUCUCUCUCCCUCUCUCUCUCUCUCACACACACUUCAACACACACAAAAACACAAACACACGCAGAACAGAAAAUAAAUAACGGGAAAUAAAUUCCCAUUCUCCACAUGGAAACUCCGAUCACCGGAUGUAAUCGCCGGUGACGGGGGAUAGGGAAGUGAAAUUACUGUACUACCCUCGCACGGGAAAAAACACAAAAAUUCCCCAUGGAUUCGCCGGAGGUCAAUGAGGAAGAUCAGAUUAAUGACACGAGCGAUGAAGCCAGUCGCCGCCGCCGCAUACUUUUCCGUUCACUCUUCUCCGUCGCGUUCUCUCUCUCGGUCUUCUCUCUCUUCUCGUUUUCCGUGCUGUAUCUAGCUGUUUUGAUUGGAAAUUUAUCCAUUUGGAGCCCGAUUUCUGUACACUCGCGCUGCAAAAUAGUUUCCAGCAGUGUUGAUCUGAGGUCAUCUAAGGUUUGUGAAUUAGGGCUGCUAAAUUACAAAGCCAAGUAUGUGUUUUAUCCAUUUGAGCGUAAAAAAUAUCGAUGCCAUUAUGACUACUAUUGGGCUUCCGUGUUUAAGGUUGAAUACACAGACCAUUCAGGGCAGGCAAGGUUUGCAUUAGCCGAGGCUCCUAACGAAGCCCUUCCAGAUGACUGUAGACCCAGUUUCGGUACUGCAUGGUUGACCAAAGAUAAAUUUAAGGUAAACGGAACGUACGAGUGCUGGUACACACUUGGCAUUUCCAAAGUGAACAUAAAUCACAAAGGUUUAUUUAACUGUCAAGCAGAGGAACCUUCUACUGUCGAGAUGCUUAAAAGAUAUUCCAUCUUGUUUAUAAGGAUAUUGAAGUCGUGGUUUUACAAUUGGGAUUCGAUAAAUCAAUGGAGAUGGGAUGUAAUAGCUGGACUAAUAACCGGCUUUCUUACAUCCUUAUUCUCUAUUGCCUUUGUCGGACUUUUACACCCGUUUUUAGCCUUCAUUCGUAGACUCGUUGCAUCUUGGAUGUCGACUCCAUAUCCAAGUACUGUUCUACUAAAACGAGCUUGUUUUUUUGCUUUGUAUUUCUCGUGUAUGAGUUGGGUCACCAUUCAAUAUGUUAAAAGGCUCGGCCUCUAAUUCGAAAAUAUUAUAGUUUCUUUUUACGAUUAAUUAGGAGGCACUCAAUUUUCCAGUAGUGCUACUAUUGACGAAAUAAUGUAAACAUUUUUUUUCUACCGGUAUAAAUAGUUUUUGUUAGCUUGUUGUACGAGGAUCGAAUGUGUUGUACAGAUUUAACUUGUAAUACUUUUGUGUGAUUAUAGUUUAUAGUACCGGUAAUUUCGUUUA